AGCCCAACAAAACGCAAUCUCGUCUGGUGGAAGAAGCAGAUCCAUUUUUCUUCGUCGACGGACAAGCAUUCCCCACUUCGUCUAGCUCGCCGUCGGACGCCGUCGACCGUUGUCUGCCCACGUGGUCGUUCUCCGGUGUGAUACUGGUCCGGUUAGGACUGCUGAUAUGUUAUCAACUGCAGCCGCCUGAUUAAUUAUCUGCAUUUCGUGAUUUACUUAGUAUCUGGAUCCGCUCCAACAUUUCCGUAUAUGCUAUACUGAGUGAGUUGGGAUUACAACUUACUCGCUCCAGUGAGAGGCAAUAUUUCUGACGAUGAUCGGAGCUGGAAAGAUCAAGCAGUAUAGUAACGUCCUCGAAAGGCCCCUCAACAAGGGCAAGCAAGAGGUUAGUUUGAGUGCAUUUGCGUUCUUGUUCUCAGAGCUUGUACAGUACAACCAAACUCAGGUCGACAAUAUUGCUGAGUUAGAACGAAGACUGGAGGAUGCUGGAUAUGCUGUUGGGGCGCGAGUUUUGGAACUGCUUUGCCACAGAGAAAAGGGAAACAGAAGGGAGACAAGACUAUUAGGUAUUCUGUCUUUUGUGCACAGCACAGUGUGGAAGGUAUUAUUUGGAAAGGUAGCGGACUCACUGGAGAAAGGCACUGAACAUGAAGAUGAAUACAUGAUCAGUGAAAAGGAGCUCCUUGUCAACAGAUUCAUUUCUAUUCCAAAGGACAUGGGAACUUUCAAUUGUGGGGCAUUUGUUGCUGGAAUAGUACGAGGCGUUUUGGACGGCUCUGGAUUUCCAGCUGUUGUUACUGCUCAUUUUGUGCCCAUGGAAGGUCAACAACGACCACGCACUACUAUCUUGAUAAAGUUUGCUGAAGAGGUGCUACGUAGAGAAGCCAGACUGGGCUGAUGAUGUUUAUACGCAGAAUUCACAGCCGAGAUGUUUGUGGUGUUCUGCACCGAAGUACAAAAGAUCUGAACUUUUUACCUCUUGGUGGUUCAGUAAAUGAGAAUUUCCUCACAAGCCUGUCUUAUCUCUAUUAUCUGAACUGUUGUUUUUCUUCUUUCUGUUUGUUUCAUGUAUGUGCAAUGAAAGUUCUGCCUUGAAGCCGGAAUCACUCGAUGAAUUAGGAUACUUUGUGUUAGAUAUGAUGUUGGUAUAUUUAGCCCUACUUAACGAACAAGUCGUACCCCCCCUCCCCCCCCCCCGGGGGGGGGGGUUUUCUUGGGUGAUGCUGACCAGUGGGCAGGUUUGAGUGUGUUCAUUGUUUUCGAUAGACGUUGGAUGCAGAGCGUAAACAUCUAAUGAUUGAUUUAAUCCUCUUGGAUUAAUUUUUAUCUCAAAA